AUGUUGUUGUGUUGCUGCACUUGUAAGUACAAUGACCAGGCUGUGAUGCAGAUAUUCGGUCGUGCUGGAAGACCCCAGUUUGAUAAAAGUGGUGAAGGCAUCAUAAUAACCUCUCAUGACAUAUUAGCAUAUUAUUUGCGUCUUUUAACUAGUGAACUUCCAAUUGAGAGUCAGUUUAUAAACUCCUUGAAAGAUAAUCAAAAUGCUGAGGUAGCACUGCGGACUGUGACAAAUGUUAAGGAAGCUUGUGCUUGGCUGGGAUACACAUAUCUUUUCAGAAGGAUGAAAAUGAAUCCACUGGCAUAUGGUAUUGGAUGGGAUGAGGUCAUUGCGGAUCCUUCAUUGAGUCUGAAACAAAGAGCUCUGGUUUCAGAUGCUGCACGUGCUCUGGACAAGGCAAAGAUGAUGCGCUUCGAUGAGAAAAUUGGAAACUUUUAUUGCACUGAGCUUGGUCGUAUUGGUAGCCACUUUUACAUUCAGUACUCCAGUGUUGAAACCUAUAAUGAGCUUUUGAGAUGCCACUAUUUCACGUACCUUUCUGCGUGA